AUGGGCAACAUUCUCUUCCUGAUCGGCCUCACCCUGAUCAUCGGCUUCCAGAAGACUAUUGUCUUCUUCUCACGUCCUCAGAAACUCAAGGGCACCGCCGCCUUCGCUGCCGGCAUCAUCCUAAUUCUCCUGCGCUGGCCUCUGACAGGCUUCUUGAUCGAGUUGUACGGGCUAUUCAUUCUGUUCGGCGACUUCCUCGUGACGAUCGGCCAGUUCGCGGGUAACAUUCCUGUGAUCGGUCCUUAUAUCAAGCGCGGUCUCGAGAUUCUGGCCGGUGGCCGCAGCAAUGCCGAGUUGCCAGUAUAA